UAGAGAAGCGCCAUCUAGCGGAUGAACGAUGGACCUUCCGCGUCACGUGGUUUUGCCAGCUAAUCGAUCCACAAUCUAGAAUCUAGACUUUUCGCUCUUUCGUGCGCCCCACGAGUUGGCCAGCCAGUCUGCCGUGUGACUCCCUCGCAGUUACUCCAAUACCCUCCUGUCCACUAUGGGUGUCCCAGCUGGUAACGCCGAGAAUGGCAAGAAGCUCUUUGUUCAGAGAUGUGCUCAGUGCCACACAGUUGAAAAGGGUGGCAAGCACAAGGUUGGUCCCAACCUUAACGGCCUGAUUGGCCGCAAGACUGGCCAGGCUCCUGGCUUCCCCUACACAGAUGCUAACAAGGAGAAGGGUAUCACCUGGGGACCUGACACCCUGUUUGAGUACCUGGAGAACCCCAAGAAGUACAUUCCUGGCACCAAGAUGGUGUUCGCUGGUCUGAAGAAGGAGAAGGAACGUGCUGACAUUAUUGCCUAUUUACAAGAAGCCACCAAGUAGAUUCUUAAUUCAAUUAAAUUCAUUGUUAUUUAUUUCUUAGUAAAUGAAGUCAUCCUGGUCACUAGGCUUAUUGAGUCCUAUGAGACUUCAAACAUUGUUAAAUACUAUCUAAAUGACGAAGCGUAUGGCCGUGAAAGUAUUUGCACAAUGUGUGUAUUGUCUGUAUCUUAAGAGUACUCUAAUUGGUUGAACCAAUUUGUGUACUAACCCUUCUGAUGGGGAACCAAAUCUCUUAACCAAAUAACUUCCAGGUGUGAAGUUGAAUUUUACUCAGCAGUUUCAUUCUGCGGGCAGAUAACUGCUCUGAUUGAUGGAUGUUUCUUUCUGAGAAAUACAAUAAAACAUCAAUGAUUAGGCAAUAGAAA